AUGGCAAUGAUUGUGACAUCUAUUGAGCGGUUAGUGAAGUAUGUGAUGAGUGUAUGGCAUUUUACAACCAAACCAUUAGACAUGAGCGACGCGGAUGUGUUUGUCAAAGAGUUUGACAAACUUUUGCAAACUUUGGAUUCAGUUACCAGUGAUUUGCGAAUAGAUUUGAUCGCAAGAGUUGAACGCAAACUAAAUCAAUACAAAAAUGUCUGUAAGGAGAAAGAUAUUUGCGAACCAAACGAGACAAAUGUCUGUCAAAGUGAUAGUCAUUUGACUCAUGAAAACAAACGACAGACAAGAAGUUGUCGAAAGACUGUUCCCAAAGAUAAAGAGACACUUGUGGUGAAGAAAAUGACAAACAAUUGUCACCAAAACUCAGAUGAAGUGAAGGAUAGAGUUGUGCCCAAAAGAAAGUGGAGGAGAACUCAAGACAUCAAUGACUUGAAGUGCAAAUAUUGUGGCAAAAUAUGGCGAUCUCUGUCCCAUUUGGAGAUACACUUGCGAUCGCAUACGGGAGAGAAGGUAUACGAGUGUCCAGACUGUGGCCAACGGUUCUCUCAAUUGGCAGGACUUCAGGUGCAUGUGAGGCGACACACGAACGACCGGCCCUUUGGGUGCGAUCUCUGCCAUAAAGCCUUUUACACCAGAAUUGAUUUGACUCGACAUAAGACAACUCACAAACAAUUCAAACAAAUCACUCAAUGCUGUCAUAUAUGCGGCAAAGGGUUUAACGAUAAGCACAAAGUCCGCAAUCAUAUCAGGUAUGUCCACGAGAAGAAGGAAUCAGUGGUCUGUGAGAUCUGUGGCCACACAACACACGGCCAGCACUUACUCUAUGCCCACAAACGGGCCAAACAUGAGAGGGUCUCUCCGAUCGCGUGUCCCGUCUGUUCACAAGUGAUCGCUUCUAAGAGUGCUUUUGUCAUUCAUUUGAGAUCUCACGCCGACAUAAAGCCGUGCGCUUGUGAUGUAUGCGGCAAACAGUUCCGCAGCAAAUCACAAGUGAGUAGACAUAAGCUGACACAUGAAGAGGGACGACAUGUUUGUGACAUUUGCGACAAAAAGUUUAAAACGGCUCAUCAUUUAAAGCGCCAUAAAAUCAUUCAUUUUCCCGAAGAGAAACCAUUUAAGUGUCAUUUAUGUGAUUAUAAAUGUAAUGUCAACUCAAAUAUAGUGAAACACGUGAAGGGAGUGCAUGGAAUCGUCACCUUUUCGUUGGUCUCAGAGAAGAGUGUUGUCCAACAGACAGAUGAAGACGCCCUCAGAAAGGGGUCUAUUAUUACACAACAAGUACUUAAAGACAUUGCGAUCACCAAAGGAGAGAAGAUUACAGUUAAGGAAUUGAAACGUUUGGACGAAAAGAAAAAGCAAGAAAAAGAGCUCAUAAUUAAGCGAAUGUCUGAUAACGUAAACCAUAGAAAACAGUUAAUUAAGAGUCGAUUUAAGAAACCAAAAAAGGAUAUUCUGGACGACGCCUUCACCUCAACAUUCAAUGAUAACAAUAGUAAUACAGGCGCUGAGAUUCAUACUAUUGAAGCACCGGUUGGACUGACUAUUGAUGUGAAUCCAAUACCAGUAUUACCACAGAUUGUGAUCCCAAGGCCUGAAGAUAUCUUUGAAAUUCAAACCACAAAAGAAAAUACAAUUGUGACAGACGUCCAGAAUUAUAAAGAUUACUUGGCCAUACUGACAAGUGAGUAG